GUACAUAUUUCUUCAUACAUAUUGGUCUAUUCGUCUAAAAGAAAUGGAAAUAGAAUGAAUUGUAGAUCUACUAGAUUUGAAAGACCGUUGUUGAGGUUAUGUCAGCGUGAAUAACGUAGAACGAUCUAAACGUUUCUAGAAGAAGUAUUCGAGAACGAUGUAGAAUCAUGUUUUUGUAAAUUAUCAUAUAAAAUUAGUUAACACUUAACAUAGGCGUGAAAUGUUUUUAUAUCGAAUUCCUAAUGAUAAUACAGGGAAUUCAAAGAUUUUUCGUAUCAGAAACUGUUCGUGUGUGCAGCGCCCGCCAUUUUGCUUCUCUUAUAUCUGACAUGUCUUUCUAAUGUUAUUAUCGAUGAACGCUGGAAUUUGUGCGUGAAUCUGCAAUCUUGUUCAAGUGUAUUUCGCACGAAAACGAUCGAAUUGCCUCUGAUUGGACAGCAACCACCAUUACUGUCGGGAGUAAUUUCCAUUGUCCCAACCUCGGUUAAACCUAAACGAAACAAGUCCACAAAGCGAACUUGUCGAAAGUAUUUGUGAACAGUUUACUAUUGUUCUACCACACGAAUAUGCAUCAGGGCUCGUUAAAUGAGUUUUUCUAACUGUAUUAUCGAAACUUGAUUAAAAUAUCUCGCACAGUGUCUCAUUGCCUAUAUAAGGAGUGAACCUAACCAAGACAGUGUUGAUAUUCAUAAUUAUGUACUCAUGUCAACAUUAAAGAUCAAACGCUUGUUGAAAUGGCUAUGUCGAAAAUUGAUCAAACUAUUGGGAUCGACGGCAAAUGAUUUCAUGUUCAAUCAAGUGAGAUUGCACGAAAAUGUGUAAAGAACACUUGAUGUGAAUUGCUAUGCGAGGCAAGGAUUGUUUUUAUCCUGAUUUAGCCAUGGAUUAAGUUCAUGCUCAUUGCUCGAACCAGGAGACUUUACAAUAACAAUCUAGUACAUGUUAUGUACAGGGAUAUACAAAUUUAGACUUAAACUGAUACAGUUAGCUUUAAUCAAUCUAGAUAUUAUUGACUGCUGAAGUAUUAUUUGCAAUUUUAGACGACACCAAACAAAUUUUAUUGUCAUAUAAAUAUACAAUUUUUUUGUAAACAUCCGUUAAAAGAAGUUUGAUACUGAAUAAUAGGUAAUCAAUUUUAAUCUUUCUAUUGAGAUCCAUGACAAAAUUGAAUUUUGUACAUAUGACGAUACGUGUAAAUAAGAUAGUCUGAGUGCACAUUGUACUAACAUUAUUGACAUAAGUAGUACACAAUUAUUUUAUGAUCCAUUGUAUAUUGUACAAGAAUUCGUUUUAUCAGUUGUACCGCCUCGACGCAUAUACGAGCAUUAGCACGUCCCAAGUAAAUACAAAAGAAUUGAACUGUGAUACGAUACAAUAAAAUUAAUUUUUUAUUUUUUUAUUCUCAGUAUUAUAAAUUGAAGGAUAUUUAUGUAUGAUCUUGGAUUUAGGCACACGGUGUGAACUAAGUUUUAUCUAGAUAGGAAGAAGUUGAUUUGGAGGGUUUUGAGGAUGCAGAUGGAACAGGAGGCGAGAAAAGGUGUAAUCAAUGAAGGUCCCUACAUCCGAGAACUUAAUCAUGGACAAUAAAUUGAAGUUUUCGGAUCGUUUAAAGGCUUUGUUGAAAACUGAGGCUCAUCAAGAUGUCGACCCAUACAUCUUCAGUGAACCGGAGCCGUUUGGUACAGCAACAGGAAGAAAUGUCUCAAUAGUGUCGCCGAAAGAUUCUAAAGUAAUGCAAAAUUGUAAAAAUAGUAAGACUUCUAGAGGGAAAUGUAUGAAACAAAGAAUAACAUCUGUGCCAGAUGCCGAAUACAAAGUUGUACAAGAUCAUGCUGUAGAAUUAGACGCUGACUGUAGUGUUGGUGGUGGUGGCAGUGCUAGUGGUGAUGGUGAACACAUAGAUUAUAAAUUCGCUAAAGCAGGCCGGCACAAACAGCAUCACAUUGGGAAUCUACAGAGAUUGAGAAGAGGCAGGAGGCAGAGUCGGGACCAUACGCUGUUGUACUAUCCCAGAGCUGGGGAUGAGAUAUCAGACAGUGACUCUAGUGGAGAUGAAAUGACGGUUUAUCAACGUUACUGGUUUCCCGGGGAAAGUAGUACGACGUUGAAUAGAUCUGCUCGCCUUUCUCAGCUGCGUUCUCAAUUGAGAAGAAGAUUGCUUCAGUUACACAAGAGCGGGACGGAUUCAGAGAUUUUGUUACGCGACAGAGCCAGAUGUCUGCUGGAAGCUGCUUACAAGGACCCUGCAUCGACUGCGAGAGCUUUGAAUGGUAAUCCGAGUACGAGUAAGGUGGUGAACGAACCACUUUUAGUCGGUGGACUCUGCGGUGCUGACGGAUGUCAACAGACGUCUUUACCAUGCACCCGUCAUUGUUCUCGCCACAUCAUGUUGAACGGAGAUCAACUUCUAUUUGAACAUUGCACUGCCAAAUUUAGUGAUAAUACACAAUGCUGUAUUCCUGUGUUUGACGUUGCACACGAAUUGCCUCUUUGCCCAGAGCACGCAAGGAAAAGGGAUAAUUACCAUCGAAAGGCCCAGGAGUCUAAACCAAAGAAAGCUCGUAAAAAGCCGACGUCUCCCACGAUUCCUAGGCCUAAACCGAAGUCCAGGCCGAAGAAGAGAAAGCGGCCGCCUGCGAACAAACUCGAGACCAAAGGUCCCACCCUGGUACACGAGGAGAGUCAAUAUUUGAAUCAAGUAAACUCUAGUGAAGCUCAGGCGAAAACUUUGAGUAAUUUGAACACCGUUGCACAAGGAACUUCGAAUUCGGCUAAUUUAAAUUUAGGAUUAGGACUUGGCCUUGGAGCAGGACUUAAAGUAGAUUUGGGCGAUCACGAAGUGUUUCCUUCUCUGGACGCUGCGGAGCAUGAUUUUGGGAACGUACUCAACAACUUACCAGCCGAUGCUUUUAACGACUUGUUUAUUGAAGGUAGAAAUGGAGAGUAUGAACCUUCGAGAGAGGAGGAAGAAGAAUUGGAGAGAGCACUGGAGGCAGUGGAUAAGGAUGUUCGGAAUUUGGAAAGAAUGGGGCACACGCACGGACUUUUAGAGCCAGCCUUAUUGGCCCAACUUAUGUCAGACAUUGCUUCGUAGCCCCGUCUAUUUGAAUAAUAUAAUAAUUUUAAAAGGAGUUCGCGUGUGUUCCUCAUGGUAUAGAAAAACUUACUAUUUGUGGUCUGUGCUGCUAAAUGUAUGAUUGUGUUAUUAACUUUCGUUGUGUAACGAAUUGAUCUCGGACAAUGGCAGAGAUUAGCAGAAAGUAAAAGCAACAGUUACUAAUUUAGCAUAAAUUUCAUUGGGUACAAUAUCGUAUGAUUAGAAGAAGAUUGUAUGUUUUUGGAAGUGCUAAAAAGUUUUCUUUAUUGACUUAAAAAAGGCAAUCUCAUAAUGCAAACAUAAUUGAAUGUGGUUUGCAUUUAUGUUUGCGUUUACUCGCAAAUAAUUUUGAAUAUAACUCAAAGAUCUAGUUACGAAUUUAGAACGUUUAUCGUAAGAAACGCUUUCCACUUAAGAAAAAUAAUAAGAAGAAGGACUCUCCUACAAAGUAAUUUUCGAUACAUUUAAACUUACGGGGUACAUCAAUUUUAUUUUAUAUACCGCUUUAAUAUUUUAUGAUUGAAACUAAGAAUUACAUUUAUUUAAACAAGUUUAUGAACAUAUUUUAUUUUCCAUAUUUCUGUGUGCCCUACAUCAAUGAGUAAUAUUCAAGAAUAGAUUGCUACGAUGUAAUUGAAUAAUUUUAUGUAAAUUCGUUGUAAUUAAAAAGUCCGUGACCAUUUUUUUGGACGGAAUGAAUUUGAUUUUUGUUGAAAUAGAAACCUUGGAAAUUCUUUAGUAAAUUGUUUUACGUCGAGAAACAUUGUCUGUAGGAGGCAACUGCAUGAACACAUGACUGAACUUAAGAAAAAAUGAAAAAAAAAUUACGCAUACGAAUAAGUCAUAUUCAUUUUCAUCAUCUAUCUGCUGUAAUAAUAUAUGCGAAUAAUCGUUAAUAAUCUUACUUAUAUAUGCAUAAUCAUCUCACUAUCAUCAUUCUCUUCAUUUUGUAUUAUAAUCAUGUAGACGAAUGUUCAGUACUAGAUAGCUGUAAUAUAAUAUUAAAGUUUCAAUUUAAUAAGAA